UGAGGAAAAAUCGUGUUGACCAGUGUAAUCAAUACAAUUUUAAUUUUGAAGAAAUGGGAGAGAAAAAUCAAGACAGUCAAUUAACAGACAUAUCCAAUACGUAUCAAAAUCGCAGCAAUCAUUCUGAUAUAUUAAAUCUUCUAAGUAAAGUUUUAGAAAGCCAGCAGGCCACAAAUAAAAAAAUUGAGAAGCUAAUAGAAAAAAUAGAUCGUCAAGGGGCUGAAUUAAUUUCUUUACGGAGUGAAGUCUCCUCCAUAAAGGCUCGAGUGUGCGGAGAAGUUAAUACCCUGAAAUUGAUAGUGCCAAUUUCUCUUCUGGCCACAAUGGAGGGCUUUGAGGAUGAAGAGCAUUUUUUUAAGAACUUGGUUAUGAAUUUGUAAAUUUUCGGAGUAAAUCACUUGUUUAAAAACCUCAUACUUU